AUGGAGCCAUCUCCUCUCUCUCCCAGUGGGGCAGCACUCCCCCUGCCUCUGUCACUGGCCCCACCCCCACUGCCCCUGCCUGCAGCUGCAGUGGUCCACGUGUCCUUCCCUGAGGUGACCAGUGCCCUUCUGGAGUCCCUCAAUCAGCAGCGGCUACAGGGCCAGCUCUGCGAUGUGUCCAUCCGAGUGCAGGGCCGGGAGUUCAGGGCUCAUCGUGCUGUCCUGGCUGCCUCCUCCCCUUACUUCCACGACCAGGUUUUACUCAAGGGCAUGACCUCCAUCUCUCUGCCCAGCGUCAUGGACCCGGGCGCCUUCGAGACUGUCUUGGCUUCUGCUUACACUGGUCGCCUUAGCAUGGCUGCUGCUGACAUUGUCAACUUCCUGACAGUGGGGUCGGUGCUCCAAAUGUGGCACAUCGUGGAUAAGUGCACUGAACUCCUCCGCGAAGGCCGGGCCUCAGCCACCACCACCACCAUCACCACUGCUGCUGCCACUUCUGCCACUGUCCCUGGUGCUGGGGUCCCAUCGGGGAGUGGGGCCACUGUGGCCCCUGCCACCAUGGGCUCUGUGCGCUCCCAUGCCUCCAGCCGAGCCAGUGAGAAUCAGUCCCCCAGCAGCAGCAACUACUUCAGCCCCCGAGAGUCCACUGAUUUCUCAUCUUCUUCCCAAGAGGCAUUUGCAGCUUCUGCAGUGGGCAGUGGGGAACGUCGAGGAGGUGGCCCUGUAUUCCCAGCCCCUGUGGUUGGCAGUGGCGGGGCUACCUCUGGGAAGCUGCUGCUGGAGGCAGAUGAGCUCUGCGAUGAUGGGGAUGGGAGAGGUGCUGUGGUCCCUGGGGGUGGGCUCCGGCGGCCCACCUAUGCACCCCCCAGCAUCAUGCCACAGAAACACUGGGUAUAUGUGAAGCGGGGUGGAAACAGCCCAGCACCGGCACCCCUCGUUCCCCAAGACCCAGAUCUGGAAGAGGAUGAGGAGGAGGAAGACCUGGUGUUGACCUGUGAGGAUGAUGAAGAUGAAGAGCUCGGGGGUGGCUCCAGGGUUCCCGAGGCUGGAGGACCAGAGGCUACCCUUAGCAUAAGUGAUGUCCGGACCCUGACUGAGCCUCCGGACAAGGGAGAGGAGCAGGUCAAUUUCUGUGAGUCCUCCAAUGACUUUGGCUCCUAUGAGGGUGGGGGUCCUGGGGCGGGGCUUGAUGAUUCCGGGGGGCCAACCCCUUCCUCCUAUGCCCCCUCCCACCCUCCGAGGCCCCUGCUUCCCUUGGACAUGCAGGGCAACCAGAUCCUGGUCUUCCCAUCAUCUUCAUCCUCCUCCUCCUCCUCCUCCUCCUCACAGGCCCCAGGCCAGCCACCAGGGAACCAAGCUGAACACGGGGCGGUGACCCUGGGGGGCACCUCAGCCGGGAGCCUGGGCAUGCCGGGUGGUGCUGGGGGGACCCCUGGAGGGGCAGGCAGUGGGGAUGGGAAUAAGAUCUUUUUGUGCCACUGUGGGAAGGCCUUCUCCCACAAGAGCAUGCGAGAUCGGCACGUGAACAUGCACCUCAACCUGCGGCCCUUUGACUGCCCUGUGUGCAACAAAAAGUUUAAGAUGAAGCACCACCUGACCGAGCACAUGAAGACACACACAGGUCUCAAACCCUACGAGUGUGGCGUCUGCGCCAAGAAGUUCAUGUGGCGAGACAGCUUCAUGCGCCACCGGGGACACUGUGAGCGCCGGCACCGCCUGGGCGGGGGCGGACCUGGACCCGGAGGGCCCGCUGGGCCAGCCCUGCCGCCCAAGAGAGAGUCUCCUGGAGUGGGUGGGGGCAGCGGCGACGAGGCGAGUGGGGCCACGCCCCAGUCCAGCCGAAGGGUCUGGUCCCCACCCAGUGUCCACAAGGUGGAGAUGGGCUUUGGUGGAGGAGGAGGAACAAACUGAAGGGGGGGGCUCCUGGAGGCAGCUUUCGGGGAAGAGGAAACCGGGAGCACCAGCCAGGGGCGCUGUGGCCCUCAGGUGAUCUCCCACCACGCUUACUGUCUUCCUUAUCUCUACCGGACUUGUAUAUAUUUUGGAGGGGGAACAAUGUUGCACCAUCGGCCACCCCAUUCCAUCCCUCAGCCCCUCUCCCACAAAGUAUCCCUGGAACUAAGUCCUUCCUUUCCCUCAGCUCCAGACUAGGGCGCAUAUGGUGGUGGGGGGAGGGAAAGGGGCUAUGGAGCAUCCUGGAGUCACAGGGUCAAGGGUCAGGUGGUUGUAGUCUGUACCUGAAGUCUGUGUUUGUGUUGUUGUGGGGACCAGGUUUUGAGCCCCACCCUUGUCCUAGAACCUACCCCACCCCGCUAAGGACGUGCCCUUUAUUUCCACCCUAAUCCCUCCUAUCUCUCCUUGGGGGACCUCCAACUGGAUUCUCAUUGAGGAGGGAGUGAAGACAAGGAGGGAAUAUAAGUCGUAAGAAUACAAGGUUUUUAUUUUAAAUCUUAUUUUUUUUUAAAUGGUGAUUAAAAUAUUUAUUGGUCAUUUCA